UGACAUGCCUCAGUCAUCUGAAAUGCCUCAUUCUCCUGAAUUGUCACAGACAACUGAAAUGCCUCAAACAUCUGAAAUGCCUCAUACUCCUGAAAAGCCACAAACAACUGAAAUUCCUCAAACAUCUGAAAUGCCUCAUGCUCCUGAAAUGCCUCAAACACCUGAAAUGCAUCAUAGACCUGAAAUGCCUCAUACUCCUGAAAUGCCUCAAACUUCUUCUGAAAUGCCUCAUACUCCUGAAAUUCCACAAACAACUGAAAUCCCUCAAACGUCUGAAAUGCCUCAUGCUCCUGAAAUGCCUCAUUCUCCUGAAAUUCCACAAACAACUGAAAUUCCUCAAACAUCUGAAAUGCCUCAUGCUCCUGAAAUGCCUCAAACACCUGAACUGCAUCAUACUCCUGAAAUGCCUCAAACAUCUGAAAUGCCUCAUACUCCUGAAAUGCCACAAACAAAUGAAAUGCCUCAAACAUCUGAAAUGCCUCAUACUCCUGAAAUGCCACAAACCACUGAAAUUCCUCAUACACCUAAAAUGCCUCAAACAUCUGAAAUGCCUCAUUCUCCUGAAAUGCCUCAAACGCCUGAAAUGCAUCAUACUCCUGAAAUGCCUCAAACAUCUGAAAUGCCUCGUACUCCUGAAAAGCCACAAACAAAUGAAAUGCCUCAAACAUCUGAAAUGCCUCAUACUCCUGAAAUGCCACAAACCACUGAAAUUCCUCAUACACCUAACAUGCCUCAAACAUCUGAAGUGCCUCAUGCUCCUGAAAUGCCUCAAACGCCUGAAAUGCAUUAUACUCCUGAAAUGCCUCAAACAUCUGAAAUGCCUCAUACUCCUGAAAUGCCUCAAACUUCUUCUGAAAUGCCUCAUACUCCUGAAAUUACACAAACAACUGAAAUUCCUCAAACGUCUGAAAUGCCUCAAACAUCUGAAAUGCCUCAUGCUCCUGAAAUGCCUCAAACGCCUGAAAUGCAUCAUACUCCUGAAAUGCCUCAAACAUCUGAAAUGCCUCAUACUCCUGAAUUGCCUCAUACUCCUGAAAUUCCACAAACAACUGAAAUUCCUCAAACGUCUGAAAUGCCUCAUGCUCCUGAAAUGUCUCAAACGCCUGAAAUGCAUCAUACUCCUCAAAUGCCUCAAACAUCUGAAAUGCCUCAUACUCCUGAAAUGCCACAAACAUCUGAAAUUCCUCAUACUCCUGAAAUGCCUCAUAAUCCUGAAAUGCCACAAACCACUGAAAUUCCUCAUACACCUAACAUGCCUCAAACAUCUGAAGUGCCUCAUUCUCCUGAAAUGCCUCAAACGCCUGAAAUGCAUUAUACUCCUGAAAUUCCUCAAACAUCUGAAAUGCCUCAUACUCCUGAAAUGCCUCAAACUUCUUUUGAAAUGCCUCAUACUCCUGAAAUUACACAAACAACUGAAAUUCCUCAAACGUCUGAAAUGCCUCAAACAUCUGAAAUGCCUCAUGCUCCUGAAAUGCCUCAAACGCCUGAAAUGCAUCAUACUCCUGAAAUGCCUCAAACAUCUGAAAUGCCUCAUACUCCUGAAUUGCCUCAUACUCCUGAAAUUCCACAAACAACUGAAAUUCCUCAAACGUCUGAAAUGCCUCAUGCUCCUGAAAUAUCUCAAACGCCUGAAAUGCAUCAUACUCCUCAAAUGCCACAAACAUCUGAAAUUCCUCAUACUCCUGAAAUGCCAAAAACAAAUGAAAUGCCUCAUACUCCUAAAAUGCAUCAUACUCCUGAAAUGCCACAAACAACUGAAAUUCCUCAAACGUCUGAAAUGCCUCAAACAUCUGAAAUGUCUCAUACUCCUGAAAUGCCACAAACAACUGAAGUGCCUCAAAUAUCUGAAAUGCCUCAAACAUCUGAAAUACCUCAUACCCCUGAAAUGCCUCAUACUCCUGAAAUGCCUGAAAUGCCUUAUACUCCUGAAAUGCCACAAACAACCGAAAUGUCUCAUACUCCUGAAUUGCCACAAACUUCUGAAAUGCCUCAAACACCUAAAUUGCCUCAAACAUCUGAAAUGCCUCAAAUGCCUGAAAAGCCUCAAACGUCUGAAAUACCUCAUACUCCUGAAAUGCCUCAAACACCUGAAAUGCCUCAUACUCCUGAAAUGCAUCAUACUCCUGAAAUCCCUGAAUCUUCUGAAAUGCCUCAAACAUCUGAAAUGCCUCAUACCCCUGAAAUGUCUCAAACAUCUAAAAUGCCUCAAACACCUGAAAUGCCUCAAACAUCUGAAAUGCCUCAAAUUCCUGAAAAGCCUCAAACGUCUGAAAUACCUCAUACUCCUGAAAUACCUCAUACUCCUGAAAUGCCUCAAACACCUGAAAUGCCUCGUACUCCUGAAAUGCGUCAUACUCCUGAAAUCCCUCAAUCUUCUGAAAUGCCUCAAACAUCUCAAAUGCCUCAUACCCCUGAAAUGUCUCAAACGUCUAAAAUGCCUCAAACGCCUGAAAUGCCUCAUGCUCCUGAAAUGCCUCAAACAUCUGAAACGCCUGAAAGGCCACAAACAAAUGAAAUACCUCAUACUCCUGAAAUGCCCCAAACUUCUGAAAUGCCUCAAACACCUAAAAUGCCUCAAACAUCUGAAAUGCCCCGAACGUCUCAAAAGACUCAAACUCCUGAAAAAGCUUAUACUCCUGAAAUGCCUCGAACAUCUGAAAUUCCUCAAACAUCUGAAAAACCUCAAACCACUGGAAAGCCUCAAACAUCUGAAAUACCUUGGAGACCUGAAAUGCCGGAAACCUCUGAAAUUACUAAAAAGCCUGAAAUUCCACGACCACCAAAAAGGCUUCCAACGCCUGAAAAAGCACAAGAUAAUAACUGCUGCACGCACUAUGUCGAUAGACUUAGACUCUCUAUAAGGAACAGGGUGACUAGCUACAGCAUACAAAAGCAGAAUGGACUUUGCAGCAUCCCUGCUGUUGUCUUCAGAGUGGAUCGUGACCAAAAGUUUUGUGCAAAUCCCCAAGAAUAUUGGGUCCGCAUUCUCAUGGAGAAGGUGGAUGAAAGGCUCAGAGGGACAGUUAAA